CUUUCAACAAUCAUUUUUCUACAAUAGCCUUUUGUAUUAAUUAAUGUGGCUAACUCUUGACUAAUUUGUAGCCUAAAUUCAAGUUAAGCUAUUUAACUAUGCUGUCUUUUAGCUUCAGGUCUAAUAUAUUUGAUUUAUAUUUAGGAUUAUUUUAGGUUUAGCUCAAAUAUAGCUUAAGCCAAAUAUAGCUUUUUGCUGUGUUAUGGCUAACAUUUUAUUACUUAUUUGCCUUUUAUCACUGCUUUGGCCCACUUUUGGCCAGUUUGGGCUAAACCUGACCACUUCACACUCCGUCCCUCCAUCAACACUUGUACAUGUAUGCAUGUUCUAUCUCGCCCUGUUUAACUUUAACUUCAUUUCCUCCCUCCAUUGGUCGUCUCAUCUCUAACACAGGAAGUGUCUAACUGACGUUGUCACUGCAGCAUAUCUCUCAUGUUUUUGUUUCCUCUUCCUGGCAAAUGCACACUUGGAAAGAAUUGCUUCACACUGAAAUUCUCUCUCAGAGGACCGGUGCCUCGAUCUCAACCUUUGUCUCUUCCGUUUUGUUGCAGCAUCCUCAGUUCUUCCAUCAUUCACCUGCUGCUGAGAAACACUGAAGCCCACAACAGGAUGAGCAUACGGAAGCUGAGUUGGAAGUGGUUCGGCAGCCUGGCCAACCUGUCCUUCCGCCGCUCCAGUGAGAAGUCUGAUUCAAGAGAUUCUCCGCUGAAGUCUGGCUGUGUACCUGGAGAAGACAGCGACGCUGCUGCUGGCUUCUCUUCUUCUGUCUUGGAUCCAGCUGAAAUAACCAUGGACGACCUGGAAGCCACACGUCCCUGCACAACCAGCUACGUCCGCUCCAGUGAGAACUACACACAUAUGGGCACGCUGCCAAGGCUGCUGAGGAAGAAGAAGGACAAGGCCAAAAAAGAAGCCUCCAGCAGCAAGAAGACCAAAGACAAGAGCAUCAGCAGGAGUCAGAGCCAGAGAACAGGAGGGGAAAAGGACCGAGUUCAUUUGAAAAACACAGUGACUGAAGGUGAAACAUCAGUUAAAACAGACAAUGAACUCAAUCCAUGUGACUCCACAACUCCAAUUCGUGUAUCUUCAAGGGCAAUAAGUGCCACAAACACAGAAAAAGUAGAUUCCGCAGCAUUAGACGUCUGUGAAGAUGUGUCGCCAUCUGGUGGCUCAGAUGGUACACUUGAGCGAAAGCCAUCAAACCUGAAGGGAUCCUCCCAGGAGCGUGCAGACCUGAUGCCUGAAGAGAAAUCACCAACUCCACUCAGCCAGGACCCAGGUAAUCAGACCAAGCAUGAGGAAAAGCUGUCAAAAACAGAGGAGACAGAAGAGGCAGAAAAUGAAGAAGCCCGAAGUCCUAGCAUCAAAAGCAGCAUGAAGCAGACAGAAGUAGAGGAUGAAUAUGUCCAGUUCUCCAAGGAGAAGUACCUGCUGGAGUCUCCUCCAGAGAAACUCCGCAAAGAGCUGGAGGAGGAGCUGAAGCUGAGCCCCGCUGACAUCAGGAGCCACGGCUGGUACCAUGGACACAUCCCCCGAGAGGUCUCAGAGACGCUGGUCGUACGGAACGGCGACUUCCUGGUGCGAGAUUCUCUGACCACGGUGGGAGAAUAUGUCCUGACCUGUCGAUGGAACAACGAGGUUCUGCAUUUCACCAUAAACAAAGUCCUGGUCAAAUCCAGUGACACCAAGGUGCAGUACAUAUUAGAGAACGACAGCUUCGACUCGGUCCAGGAGCUGAUUCGGUUCUACAUAGGUCAGCGUAAACCCAUCUCCCAGUCUGGUGGUGCCCACAUCUACUGUCCAGUCAGCAGGACUCUGCCUCUACGUUACCUGGAGGCUACAUUCGCUCUGUCCAACAGCAAACAUGGCUCCGCCUACUCACCGUCCAGUCAGAGAGGAACGUACAUCAAGAGGCGGAGCGUCACCAUGACUGACGGGCUGACCACUGAGAAAAUCAUACCUCACAGCCCCUCAACCAUCCACCACCACAAGGAUGCAAUGAGGAACUGUGCCAUGAGCAUGGACCAGAUUCAGGAGUAUCGCUGCCCCCUUUCACCUGUUGGGGAAAUUCCAAUGUCUCCUGCUUAUAGUGCAAUUAGCAGACAGAGAGCUAACUCAGGGGGGCGUGUCCUUGCCGUGAUCCCACCCUCUCCUGUGAUGCGUCACUCUAGCGACCCUCACCUCAGCCCCUCCACCGCCAACAAUCCUCCGGAGCAUCCCGUUCACACCUCUCAUUCAGCUCACUCCUCACCAGCCCAUCAUCCCAGCUUCCAGUCACAGUCGUCUGAAACGGCGGGGAGCUACUGUGACCUCAGACCCUGCCCGGCCGGGCCACCGAAGCCUCCCACAAAGGGCUAUGUGGAGCGGUUACGAGUGGAAGAAGGGACGGAGGUGGGAGCCAGGGAAGAAGGAGACGGAAUGUUCUGCACACCACAGGUGGAGAAAGCGUCCUCGUUCAGACCGUCCAAGUUCGAGUCUCGCCUCCUGCCUGCUGAAAACAAACCGCUGGAGAUGUCUGUGCUGAAGAGGGUCAAAGAGCUUCUAGCUGAGGUGGACGCCAAGACCGCCGCCAAACACAUCACCAUAGUGGACUGCGCAGUGGCUAGAAUACUGGGAGUCAACUCAGAGAUGCAAAGGAUGAUGGGAGUGUCCUCAGGGCUGGAGUUACUGACACUUCCUCAUGGACACCAGCUGAGACUUGACCUACUGGAGAGGUUCUUCACCAUGUCCAUCAUGAUGGCAGUCGACCUGUUGGGCUGCACAGGAAGCACAGAGGAGAGAGCGGCGCUCCUCCAUAAGACCAUACAGUUGGCAGCUGAGCUGAAAAGCACCAUGGGAAACAUGUUUGGCUUUGCUGCAGUGAUGCGAGCCCUGGAGUUACCACAGAUUUCCCGCCUGGAGCAGACGUGGGUGACAUUACGGCAGAGACACACAGAGGGCGCUAUUCUGUAUGAGAAGAAGCUAAAACCUUUUAUGAAGAAUAUGAACGAUGGAAAAGAGUCCAGUGUCCUCUCCAACAUCUCCUUCCCUCACAUCAUCCCUGUUCUUUCCUUACUGGAGCGUGGUGUCGCUCUCAGCGAAGCACUGGAGCCGUGGGAAAGUGCGGAGGUGGGUGUAGACGUGGUCAUGUACCACCUAGAGGCCGCGCGCACCAUUGCACAUCACGGAGGAAUCUACCGGACCAAUGCUGAGACCAAGCUACAGGGAUUCCAGGAGUGGUCAGAGAUCCAGGAGAUCUUCCAGACAGAGUUCCAGAUGCGUCUGCUGUGGGGCAGCCGCGGCUCUGAGGGCAGUCAGCAGGAGCGAUACGAGAAGUUCGACAAAGUUCUCACUGCCCUGUCACACAAGCUGGAGCCUCCGGUUCGACACAGUGAGCUAUAGCACUAGCUGCAGUGAGCGCACAUUUAAUGUCAUGAAAACAGGUGGAGGGAGGGUCAGUGAUGAGGAUGAGGAUGAGGAUGAUGUGGAAGAGUAUAUGAACACUGGGGGGUGAGGAUGUUCGACGUGGCAGCUAACAGAGAGAGUGCACUGAGGAGAGAACGUUUACUCACUGAUCACAUGUGUUGCACUGACCGUGGACUUUUUCACUUAACGGUGUUAAAUAUAUUAAAAAAUGCCGACAAAACGGACACAAGCAGAAGAGAUGCAUCUUACUGUAAUAUCUACGGUGGCCUGUAGGGGGCAGACUGAGCUGCAGGGUUCAUCUCAGCUCUAGCAAACACAGACUCUCUCCAUGGCUGUCACACACUGUAGCAGAAACCACAAUAACUCAUACAUGGAUUUGUUGACUGUGAGGAUGAAUGUGUGUGUGUGUGUGUGUGUUUACAUUCCUGUUUUUUUUUUAAUAAUGUGACAUUAACCUAUUUUUUAAGUCUUAUUUAUUUGACAUGAACAAAGGGCGUCAGGACAUUAAGGACGAUGUGGCUUCACCAUCUGUCGGUUCUCAUUCAGAGGGAACUGUGUUCGUGAGACCUUCAUUAAAUAUGGAUCAGAUCGUCCCCAUUGGAUCCCAUUAAAAAUGUAUCAAGCCACAUAAAAAAAUGACACGGUAAUAAAACAUUUGCAGAGGGGUGAGCAAUUUCUCUAUGAUGUCAUCUGAAUGUGUUACAGACAGACAGCAGAGUAUGCAGCAAUUUUGGGUUCAUGUUUGUUAACAUACAUUACCUGCAGGUCCCAUUCUUAAACUGUUGGGGUGCUGUAAACACCACCCACUCUCAGAGCACUCCUAUGUGUUGACUAAUGUUAAAUAAAAAAAAACACAUUUUAUGGUUUAAACAUAGUUACAAUUACGUUUUUUCAUUUCAAUAAAUGUCUUGGUUUUUAUUUACUCUAAAUUCCAAUUAAACACCAGGCAUAUUAAUCUGCGUUAAAUAUCAAAUGAAACAUUUACUAAUGGUAUCAUGUGUCGUUGACUUCAGUGUGCUGGUACGACAGUCUGACCUACUGUAUGAGUCAGUCAGAGCUGGUUCAAACCAGGUCAAACUGCCCAGUGCUAAGGUCUGUAGUGCUGAUCAGUGUGGCUGUGCACCUCCUGUUACAGAGCAGAAAACCAUGUUCUCACUCUGUUAUACUCAAAUGCUGUAUAUGUUUUUUUUAAUUACUACUGGUUAGCAUUCUUCUGUCUUGCAAUGUUUUAUUUCUUCUACUCUGGGUUUUAACAGUGGCAGGGAUCCCUUAAGGUUCAGCGUUGCCACCUGGUGGCUCUGGUUUGACAUUCAAAAGUGUACCAAUUUAAUGCAAAUUAACACAACGCCAUUCACUUGUAGUUGCUCG